CGAAUUUUUUCACUUUUACUGCGACGUCGAUGGACCCUUCGGCAGGGUUCCAAUGUUCUCAACAAAUCCAUGCAAGGACUUUGGUCGAACCAUAGGCGGAGCAAGCUCAAUCUGAAUGCAUCCUCGACGGGAAAUUCGCCUUUGCCUACACCACAGGAAGAGCAGCCAGCACCUUUGGCGGAUGUAGAGGAGCAGCCGGCAGCUCAGAAUGGUAUUGUGGAGACUACUGUCGAACCAAAAUCGCCCCAGCCGGCUGUGAACGGGAAACGUAAGGUCAGGUCGUCUCGGUUGACGGAGGAGGGCUUGAAGAGGGCCAAGCUGUCAUCGGGAACCGCGUCUUCGAGUGCGAAGGAUUACUCGCCACCUACGGCGCGACUAUCAGACCUUGGAGGUGUCGAAGGUUGUGUUGAAAAAAUGCUGGAGAUGGUGGCCAUGCCGCUUUGUCACCCAGAAGUUUAUCUGCAUACAGGUGUGCAACCGCCUCGCGGCGUUCUGCUACACGGUCCUCCUGGAUGCGGAAAGACUUUGCUGGCGAAUGCGAUGGCAGGUGAACUGGGAGUUCCCUUUAUCAACAUAUCUGCUCCGUCGAUCGUUUCUGGGAUGUCUGGGGAAUCAGAAAAAACCUUGCGGGAUGCUUUUGAGGAAGCAAAAAGGGUCGCGCCUUGUAUUCUUUUCAUUGACGAGAUCGAUGCCAUCACACCCAAACGUGAAAGCGCCCAGCGAGAGAUGGAGAGACGAAUCGUUGCACAGUUUCUAACAUGCAUGGAUGGUAAUAUUCACACUCUAUCUCUUUUCUCACCUAACGUGCGUUUAGACAUGUCUUGGGAGAAGAACGACAACAAACCAGUGAUUGUGAUAGGCGCUACCAAUAGACCAGACUCACUUGAUGCUGCUCUACGACGAGCCGGUCGGUUUGACCACGAAAUUAGUAUGGGUGUUCCUGAUGACGAAGCCCGAGAAAGGAUUUUACGUGUCCUGUCCGUCAAGUUGCGCAUAGAAGGCGACUUCAACUUUGCUGCACUCGCCAAAGCUACUCCAGGUUAUGUGGGAGCCGAUUUGUCAGCGCUUACUGCUGCUGCCGGUAUCAUAGCAGUCAAACGAAUAUUCAAACAGCUGUCGGAAGGUACAUUACAGCUACCGACGGAAUCAGAUUUGUCUAUGCAAGUCGACGAGCCCCAGAUUGCAUCACAAGUGUCCUCAUCGUCGUCUGCAUUGCAGCCUGCCCCGAUAAUAAAGGCUAUAACGUCCUCCCUUUCAUUUCCCACGUCAUCAGUCCAUUCCAUCGCCCAUUUUCUCAAUGCCCAUCCUGACCCUCUUACGCCCACGCAGCUCGCUCCCCUUUGCAUAACGUCGGCUGACUUCACCGUCGCAUUAACCCAGGUUCAGCCCUCUUCCAAGCGAGAAGGUUUUGCUACCGUUCCAGAUGUCUCGUGGUCGGACAUUGGUGCCUUGCAUCGUACUCGAGAUGAGCUACAUAUGGCUAUCGUUCAGCCUAUCAAACGACCGGAGCUGUUUAGUGCUGUCGGCAUAGAGGCAGCAUGUGGGGUAUUACUCUGGGGACCACCGGGAUGCGGAAAGACAUUGCUGGCUAAAGCUGUUGCGAAUGAAUCUCGAGCAAACUUUAUCAGCGUCAAGGGUCCGGAACUCUUAAAUAAGUAUGUUGGUGAAAGCGAGAGAGCAAUACGCCAAGUGUUUUCACGAGCCCGGGCAUCGUCUCCUUGCGUUAUAUUCUUUGAUGAGCUUGAUGCAAUCGUCCCUCGGCGUGACGACAGUCUUUCGGAAUCAUCAGCUCGUGUUGUGAAUACCCUCUUGACGGAGCUCGACGGACUAGAUGCCCGGAAAAGUGUUUAUGUUAUCGCCGCUACCAACCGUCCCGAUAUAAUAGACCCCGCCAUGGUUCGGCCAGGACGGCUUGACAAGCUGCUCUACGUGGAUCUCCCCAACGGUGAUGAACGUGCCGAGAUCGUUCGCACUAUGACGCGGAAAGUCCCUCUUGCUGGUGAUGCAAGCGAGACGCUGGACGCUGUCCGAAGUCAGGUGGAGGAUUUUGUUCGCGAGCGCUGCGAUGGAUUCAGUGGUGCCGAUCUGGCCGCUUUGGUUCGUGAGGCGGGUGUUAUUGCCUUGCGCCGAACGCUUGGGGUGCUGGAUCAAAUGGAUGAUGAUACGAGAGGGUCUGAAGAGAGGCCCAAGGUUACAGUCCAUAUCACUGACUUCAAUACCGCCUUCGAGAAGGUCGGGCCAAGUGUUAGCCCUCAGCAGAGGAAGAGGUACGAGGCCUUGAAAUCGAAAUUAGCGGGAUCGCCCGUUAAGACGGUGAAGGACGAGGUAAAAGGUGUAGAGAGGGAUUCAGAGGCGCAAACGUAAAUGACGUUCAGCCGUGUGGAUUCAAAUGAUAUCGUAACACUUUGACGGUAAAAUUGACCGCGCUUGGGUCUUUCUCGAAGUGGAAAGAAUAUCG